GGCUUGAGUGAUCUCGCUUCCUGCAGUUUGAGGCAAGUUUGAGCUUGUUGUGGUUAGCGGCUGUGGCGCGAGGAGGGACGGGCAAAGACAGAGAGAAAGACAGCGCCGCCGGCGGGGUGAGGCGGGUACCGGGAGCGCAGAUCUUUGAGCCGUCCUUAUUUCUUGAUGAGUAAUGGGUAAAAGAAAGGAAUCGAGUCCGCUGAGCACCCCCGGAAAUGGCAAGAGAGCGCGAGCCGACGACGGGCAGGAAGCCAGGAGAUCCUGUGUGAAUGGCGGCUCCCAGUCAAGUACGGCUGAAGUUGGGAUCAUCGAAAGCAUUUCCUUGAAGAACUUCAUGUGCCACGCGAUGCUCGGGCCGUUCAACUUUGGACCAAACGUGAACUUUGUUGUGGGGAACAAUGGAAGUGGUAAAAGUGCGGUUCUGACAGCUCUUAUUGUGGGACUGGGUGGAAAAGCUGCCAUCACAAACAGAGGGACGUCCAUCAAGGGAUUUGUGAAAGACGGACAGACUUCUGCUGAUGUUACCAUUAAAUUGCGGAACAGAGGACAGGAUGCCUUCAGACCUGACGUGUAUGGAGAGUCCAUUAUUGUACAGCAGCGCCUUACAGCAGAUGGUGGUCGCAGUUAUAAAAUGAAAAGUUCCACAGGCUCAUUGAUUUCCUCUAAGAAAGAAGAACUCACAGCAAUCCUUGACCAUUUCAACAUACAGGUUGACAAUCCAGUAUCUGUUCUAACACAAGAGAUGAGCAAACAUUUCCUGCAGUCUAAGAAUGAGACAGACAAAUACAAGUUUUUUAUGAAGGCAACACAGUUGGAUCAAAUGAAGGAAGAUUACUCCUAUAUCAUGGAGACUAAGACCAGAACUCGAGACCAGAUCAAUUUUGGAGCUGAGAGGCUUCAGGAGCUGAAGCGAGAAUGCAUGGAAAAAGAGGAGAAGUUUAAAAGUCUGGCUUCACUUGGUGAAAUGAAGGAAAAGCUGGAGGAGCUCAAGCGUAAAAUGGCCUGGGCCUUGGUGAACGAAGCAGAGAAACAAAUUCUCCCCUUCAGGGAUAACAUAGCUGCAGAGGAGGGGCGUACUGUCAGAUUCGAGCAGAAAAUCAAUGAAUGGCUGGACAAAGUCAAAAAUGCUCAUGAAAAUUUCCGAGCCCUACAAGGCAAAUUGGAGGAGAUCAGCAGGGAUGCCCAAGCGCUAAAGCCACAGGGUAUUGCUUUGAAGGAUGGCAUGCAACAGAGAAAACGGGUUUAUCAUGAAUCUGAGGUUUUAUAUAAUCGAUUUAGGAUGGAACUGAAACGCCUGGAAAGGGAUGCUGAGCAGCUCAACAGACGUAUCCAUGAGUUACAAAACAGUGCGGAUAAUGUAUCUGAGGAAGAAAAGAUCGCAAGACUGGAAGAAAUAAACCAGCUCAAUGUUAAAAUAAAAGCACUUCACGACCAAGACAUCACUACCACUGAGCAGAUCAACCAGUUCCAGCAAGCACUUUAUAGAGAUAAGGAAGAACGCAACAAACUCGUUAAUGCUGAGCGUGAUCAGAAACAGAAAGUGGAUGCUCUUAAGCGACAGAUAAAAGAGUUACAUGAUAGCAAGACGGACAGAUUGAGAAGAUUUGGACAGCACAUACCCACCUUGCUUGCCGAAAUUGAUGAAGCUUACAGGCAGAGACGUUUCAGGGAGAAGCCCAUUGGACCGUUAGGGGCCUGCAUACGUUUAAAAGACCCAGAGAUGGCACUUGCAGUGGAAAGUUGUCUGAAGUCUCUGGUCCUUGCCUUCUGCUGCGACAACCAUCAGGAUGAAAGGACGUUGCAGAGCCUCAUGGUCAAAGUCUUCCCGCACGGUCAGAGGCCACAGAUCAUUGUCACUCAAUUUCGCAAUGAAAUGUAUAACGUUUCACGAAGAGAAGUGAUUCAUCCAAAAUAUCCAACAGUAUUGACCUCUUUGGAAUUUGAUAACCCUAAUGUUGCCAACUGCUUGAUUGAUAUGAGAGGAAUUGAGACGGUGCUGCUAAUAAAGAAUAACAGUGAAGCUCGAGAAGUAAUGCAGAAAAGCAGCAAUCCGCCCAGAAACUGCAGAGAAGCCUUUACUGCUGAUGGAGACCAGGUCUACAAAACCCGCUACUAUUCCUCCGAGUUCAGGAGACCCAGAUAUCUGGGCGGUGAUGUGGAAGGGGAAAUCAGUCACCUGGAGAGAGAGGUAAAUGACAUUGUGGGUCAGUUUUCCACUAUCCAGCAGCGAGUGCGCACCAUAGACGGGGAAGUCAGGAAAAAUGACAGCUUACUCCGCCAACAUCAUGAGACAAAGAAGAGAAUACAGGUACAGGUUAGGGAAGCAAAUGCUCGAAUAACAGAAUUGGAGAAUGUGGAGGAACAGCCAUCCAUUGACAUAUCUACAUUGGAGGCUGAAGUGCAAGAAAACAAGAAGAGAAUUGAAGAUGUUAAAGAGAAAAUGGAGAAGGCCAAACUGGAUAUGGAGGAAAAUAAGUCUAUGUUCUUGGAGUGUGAGCGUCAGUAUGAAGACAUCAAAACCAGGAUUAACUCUGUAUCUGAAGUUGCUGAACCAGUGAAGGAAGAUCUUCACAAAGUGGACCAGGAAGUGGAGAACUGCAAGCGUCAUAAGAAACAUUAUGAGGAGAAGCUCAGGGAGCAUUUAAAUGGAAUUAAGAAGCAGAAAGAUGAACUGAGUGCUAAAGAGCGAGACCUGGAGGAGAAGGUGGCUAAGGCAAAACAGAUUUUUCCUGAGCGGAUGGAAGUUUCACGGACAGCUAGGAGUUUGGAUACGGAAAUAAACCACCUUCGAGAUAAGAUAAACUCGGAACAUCAUCUUCAUGGGAGCAGAGAAGAAAUAAUAAAAGAGUAUCAUUCUGCAAAGGAGAACUAUCAGGACAUGGAGAGUAAAGUCAAGAACCUGAAAGUGUUUGUUAAAUUAUUAGAUGACAUCAUGACUCAGCGAUACAGGAUGUAUCAGCAAUUUCGAAGGUACCUUACUUUACGAUGCAAGUUUUACUUUGACUCCUUACUGUCUCAAAGAGCUUAUUCUGGGAAAAUCACAUUUGACCACAAGAAUGAAACUCUCUCAAUAACCGUCCAGCCUGGUGAAGGGAACAAGGCAGCGCUAUCGGAUAUGAGGUCUCUUUCUGGAGGGGAACGUUCUUUCUCUACUGUCUGUUUUGUGCUUUCUCUCUGGUCAAUUGCAGAAUCUCCCUUCCGAUGUCUGGAUGAGUUUGAUGUCUACAUGGAUAUGGUGAACAGGAGGAUAUCAAUGGAUAUGAUGCUAACUAUGGCCGAUUCUCAGAGGUUUCGACAGUUUAUUUUGUUAACCCCCCAACAUAUGAGCUCGCUUCCUUCCAGUAAUCUUAUCCGCAUUCUAAGAAUGCAAGAUCCCGAACGAGGACAAACCACUCUGCCCUUUCACCCUGUGGACCAAGAGGAGGAAGACGAAUGAGAUUACCACUGUUAAUGUAACCUCUACGUCAUGGCUGCCUUCUACGAUGUAUAUGUUUUUGUUUUUUUUUGCAAAAGUGCAAUAGUUUUAAUAUAUUUUCUAUUCUAUUUUGUUAUAUUUCUGUGGGUUGCCCAACUGGUUGUAUUCCUAAAGAGCAAAACCAAAAAAUUUAAAGAAAAUGUGUAAGAAAUGUUAACUAUUUUAUAGUAAAGUUGUUUUAUUUAAAGCGUUAAAUCUACAAAUCUGUGUGUAGCGUUAUCUGUGUCUGUAUGUGAGGAUAAGGCUGUUUCAGGUCGUCUUAUGUUCAUAAAGUAGGGGGGCUACUCUUAUGCCCACAAUAAAAGGGGCGUUAUGGUUC